AUGUUAAUAUGUGAUUCUACUCUUUCUUUACCUGAAUUACGCAUAAAAUCUGGUGGUCAUGCUUUAAAUGCUCUUCAACGUCUUCUAAAUUUUUUUGAAAUUGAUGUCAGUAAUGUAAAUUUCGAUGGAUUAUUUUGUUUACGUAUAGCACAAGCAAAUAUAAGUUUGAAUGAAAUAGCACGUAAAAAAUCAUUAUAUUUACGACGAUUUUCUCUUCUUGCAUCACGACCAUUUAUUAUUGAAUAUGAAACAAAAAAAAUCAAUAAAAGUUUCAUUGAAAAUGGUGAAUCAAAAGAGUCUUAUUUUGAUGGAGAACAAUCAGAUAAAUGUUUUGGUGAAUUACUUGGUUCAAAUGAUCGUUCAAAUUCAACAAAAUGUUUUAUUAGUGAAUCACGUUGGAAUAUGAUAUGA